CGAAUAUCGCUCGGAUUUGCUCAUAGAUGCUGGCGCUGAGCUGGGUGGCUGCUCAGAUUCUGCCAUCUUGCGCCAAAGCGGACCCGCCAUCCUCGUCCUCGCCGUCACCGUCACCGUCGCGAUCACUGUCGUCAAGCCAGGCACAGCAUAAGCCUGCAGUGGCGGCGGCGGGCGCUCAGCAGCAGUCUGCGCCAACCCCGCUCGAGCCGCUCGCUGUCGAGGACACGAUUGUCGUCGUCGCUGAGAUUGUGCUGCCGUCGCACGCUGAUACUCGCGGAGUCUGCUUUGGUGGCCAGAUUCUGUCGUGGAUUGAUCUGACUGCUGGUAUUGCCGCCAAAAAGCUCGCGCGCGGACCGUGCGUCACAGCGAGCGUCGAUUCAGUCCAGUUCCUCAAGCCGAGCGUUGUCGGAGACGUCAUCAUCCUGUCCGCGAUGGUCAACCGCACAUUUAAUACGAGCAUGGAGAUUGGCGUUCGUGUCGAGACAGAGUCCAUGCGGUCGGGAGAACGCAAGUACUGCUGCUCGGCGUACCUGACGUUUGUCUCGAUCGAUGCGCAAGGCCGGCCGGCGCCAGUGCGCCAAGUGAUUCCACAGAGUGCAGACGAGAGCAGACGAUACUCGCAUGCUCAGCUUCGUCGACAGCAGCGUCUUGAGCGACGCUCUCGAGGAGAAGUGAUCAUUCCGCUGGAAUGGAACUGCUUUGACGACGGGCACCAACUCAGCAAGAGUCUCCUUCCAGCCAACGAGCUCGACCAGGUGCCCAGACGCUAUGCCAAGCAGACUCUUGCGCAUAUGACGCAGGUCGUGCUUCCAGGCAAUGCAAACACAGUCGGAGUCACGUUCGGAGGCGAUAUUAUGGCCUGGAUUGAGCGUUGCGCGUACAUCUCCGCCAGUCGGCUGUGCCGCAACGUGCACCUGCUGUCGGCCUCUGUCGAUAGUUUGCACUUCCUCAAUCCCACGCGCGUCGGUGAUAUUGUCUACAUCACGUCGAUGGUGACGGCAGCAUUCACUUCGAGCAUCGAGGUACUGAUUUCAGUCUACGGUGAAAACCCGCUGACUGGCGACAUUAAGCAUUGCAACGAUGCCUUCAUGACUCUUGUGACUGUCGACGAGUCCGGUGUGCCGCUGCGCAUCAGCAACAAGUUUACACCAGAGAGUGAGACCGAGUUGGCGCGGCAACGCGACUCUAUCGCUCGCCGCGAACUUCGUCUUCGAGCUCGACAGAAGCUUCGUCGAAACAGCAACGAGUCCAUCCAGCAGCAGAUACUGCAUGUCCGCCGACGGAGUAGCGACAGCAAUGGCCUUUCCGCUGCGCCAGUUCAGUAGCCAGCGGUUGAUUUGUUGUUGGCUUUCUGCUAAUCAUGUUGGCAGCCUGUGUUUAAUUUAUUGUUCAGUGUGAAUUGAAGUCAAUCUGAGUUAAGGCUGCGGAUUCUGGCACCGCAGUAACUCAGGGACAGGCUUUUGUGGGUACAUUCGGCAGGUCAAGUUUGCUCGUGUUUUUGACUCUGCUCGCUGUCCCCAUCGUCCUCGUAUUUACUUGCAACUUUGUAGAAAUAUAGUUUUGAG